CAUUCCUGGGGGCGGCUUUGAAGCCUCGGUCUCUGGUGCGGGGAUCCCUUCAGCUCGCCCCCCUGCCCCCCCCAGCCCAAAAAUUCUAUUAUUUUAACAACAACCAUAAAUCCCCCAAAGUAAUCUUGAAUCCUCCAAGGACAUCGCCAACGCUCCCGCUCCUCCGCCCCCCCCUCCCCCCCAACCAACGAUCCGCGGGCGCCGGCCGGAUCGGCGUCUGGAGAUCUACCAGCCCGGCGCAGCACCCCGGACGACUCUGGUCUUGAGAAAUCCGGACUCCCGUCUCGGGAAAUCCGAACUAUCUUCUUCACCAAUCCAGGCUCCCGUCUUGACCAACCGGGACUCCCGUCUUCAGAAAUCCAGACUCCCGUCUCAGGAAAUCCGAACUAUCUUCUUCACCAAUCCAGGCUCCCGUCUUGACCAACCGGGACUCCCGUCUUCAGAAAUCCAGACUCCCGUCUCGGGAAAUCCGAACUAUCUUCUUCACCAGUCCAGAUUCCCGUCUUGACCAACCGGGACUCCCGUCUUCAGAAAUCCAGACUCCCGUCUCGGGAAAUCCGAACUAUCUUCUUCACCAAUACAGGCUCCCGUCUUGACCAACCGGGACUCCCGUCUUCAGAAAUCCGGACUCCCGUCUCGGGAAAUCCAGACUCUCGUCUUCGCCAAUCCGGACUGCCGUCUUGGUCAAUCCCGGACUGCCACCUCGGCCAAUCCAGUCUCUCGCCUCAAUUGAUCUCUUGCCUUGGCCAUUAAGGGCUCUUGAUUCAAUUGAGAGUCGAUCCCAAAGGAUCGGCUGUUCCCCCCCCCUACCCGGGGUCGUUUUGUCCCGUGUCCUUACGCUCCACCCUCGUCCAUAACCCACCAGGAAUGCCGCUAGAUGUAAAGUGGCCGUUCCCAAGCCGUCAGGGCUGGACCUGGACGCUCAGCAGUGCCAUGGUCACAGCCAUGGUGGGCAUCUAUAGCCGCGUCUUGACCAAGUACAUGAACUGCCUGACUGUCCACAACAGGGAAGUGCUCUAUGAGCUGAUUGAGAAACGGCCCCAAGGGAAGCCCCUCAUCACUGUCGCCAACCACCAGUCCUGUAUGGACGACCCACACAUCUGGGGGGUCUUGGAGCUAAAACAUUUGAAGAACAUCAGGCGAAUGCGAUGGACCCCUGCAGCUGCUGAUAUCUGCUUCACCAAGGAGUUACACUCGAAAUUUUUCAGUCUAGGGAAAUGCGUGCCUGUCAUUCGAGGCGAUGGGGUGUACCAGAGAGGGAUGGACUUUCUCCUGGAGAAACUCAACGGUGGAGACUGGAUCCACUUUUUCCCGGAAG